CAACUUCCCACCCGCUCGCAGGUGAAAUUUAUCUGUGACUAACCCACCCACUGUUUUUACGUCCCUGUGACUUUCGAUCGGAGUUUUUGUGCCAUAACUACGCGAAAUCGGUACCAUAUCAUUAGUGAACAGCGGAAAUCCUCCUUUCAGCACACCGCCUAUCACAAAAUCCCGUGCGAGCCGUCAAAUCUUUUUGCUCGGUUGUUCUUGCUGCUGCUGCUUCCCCGGCGGGACAGAAGCACGGCAUCGUCACGGUCGUCGAGUUCUCUCGCCCACCUCCUCAUUCAACAUCGGAAGCUUGAUGGCAUCGGAUCCCUAGAAGACGACGGCGUAGAGGAUUUCGUUCCGAUUCCCCCGACGACUAUCCGUCCGACCACCGUGACAAAGGUUCCAGGGAGUUGGUCGGAUUAGCUGCCAGUACCGGUUCGGUGUUCGUGUUCCGCGGUCCGUACAAGUCCAAGUUCGGGAUUGUGGGAUUGAAUCCUCCGGAUAGUGAACUUGGUGCCUAUAUAAAUAGGAGAGUGUUGGUGGUGAAGGGAAGAAAAACGAAACAGCAGUGCAGUGAAAAUGACGAACAUGAGUGAAGGUGAAAAACUCCGAACGGAGCAUCGGGACAUCUGCGGGCAGUUGAACAUCGAUGCCGCGACGGAGGAACAGUCGUGGAACUCGUUCCAGGACACCCAGAAGACGUACAACUUGGAUGUUGACCAACUGCAUUGGCUAUGCUGUUCAUUAUUCAUCACCUGCCGAAAGAAGGUGACACCGACCGUGGGGAACACCAAUUCCGUACUACAUGGCAACUGCGUCUCGAUGACACGGCUCCUCAGGCUGUGCAAAAUCAACUUGAACGAAUUUUUCAAGAAGAUCAACCAAUGGAUGGAAAUGACCUCGCAGCCGGAAGAUUGCCGCAAUGCCAUCAGCAGUCUGCAGCACAAUUUUAUCGUCACGAUGUCCAUCUACCAGAAGUACCGUGAUAUGUUUCCGAGCAUGUUUGUGGCACCCGGCGAGGAGGAACAAAGGCGUGGCAAAAAGUCGAAACCCCAGCCGUGCACAUCCGGUCAGCUGUACAAGUUCUGCUGGAAGCUGUUCAUCUGUGCCAAAUCCGAGUAUCCGGACCAGAACGGCGAUUUGGUCAAAUCGUACAACAUGCUGUUGUGCUGCUUGGACCUAGUUUACGCCAACGUGAUCGCAGAAGGGCGCACAGAUCUGGUUAAUCCGGCUUUUGAAGGUUUGCCAAAAGACUUCAUUAGCCAGGGUGUAAUUCCCCCGGAACCGGUUUGCAUCAUCGAGCACAUCAAAGAAGAUAACUGCAGCUCCGUCAUAAUGGACAUGAGAGAAACCAUCUGGAAGAGCACGAUCCAGCAGUUCUGCCAGACUAAUGUGCUUCGUGGCAAUUCGGAAACACUGAUGGAACUCAUCACCGUCGCAAACUUUGAGUUCAAUCUCAAAUCGCUGGACACCACAUACAACACUUUCAUCCUGAGCUAUGGAGAAUUUGACGAAAGCAUCGCUCUUGAACAGAAAACUCCUGAAGGGCCUCUCCUAGUAAAGUCAGAGAUUCCGCUGUCGGGAACUCCGGAACGUAUUCCGCUUUACCAACAGACUCCGUUAAAUGGUCGAACUCGUCACGUCUCCAACGAUGUAAUCAAAUUCACACCAAUUUCCACCGCAAAUGCCUCGGUUGCCAAGCUUCACAUGAAGCUUAUGAUAAGCAACGCCGGUGAAGGACAUGGUUCGUUCAAAGAGUUGCUUCGGAUGUGCCCUCAGGAUCUGUCCCAAAUUUUGCGAGAGCGGGUAGCUGCUAUGCGGGAGAAGUUCGUCAGGUAUAUGCACGAUCAGAAAUGGAGUCGCCAGGCCAUUGCCAGCCGAUGGGAAAAAAUUCAGACUCUGUACUACAGACUGCUGGAAUUUAUCAUUCGCGCCGAAGUGAAACGAACCAAGGUCAACAUGGUGAAGGAGCUGUGCUGCGAGGACAUGUUCAAUCAAACGCUGUUGGUGUGCAGCGCGGAAAUUGUCACCUUCGCCCACAACCUGCAGCAAAACUUUCCCUGCAUUCUGAAGGUGUUCGAUAUGCCGCCGUUUAUUUUCUAUCGCAUCAUCGAACUGGUGAUGAUGCACCACAACGAUCUUCUGUCCAGAGAGAUCACCAAGCAUUUGGAUAUCAUCGAGAACCAGUGCAUCGAAUCGCUUUGCUGGCAAAGUAAUUCUCCUCUGUGGCGAGCCAUGGAAAACAUUGGCUACAGAGUGCCUUGCGCCAAGGAUGUGGAAUGUUCCAUCGAUCUAUCGGGCAUCACUCCGCACAAACCUGGCGACAGUGCCAGCAAAAUUAACGGCCAGCUUCAAUUGGAAUCUACGCCCUCAACAUCGACGUCCACGCCUUCGACCAGUGCCCCGGGCAGUGCACGCAAGCCUCCCAAUCCGGACUCGGCCAAGAAGCGCCUGUUCAUGUUGGACGGCGGUGACGAGUCGGGCAAAUUGGACGCAUCACAGGGCAAGGAUUCGACGUCCGAAACGUCCGAGCGUCCGCCGGAGAAGAAGGAAACACCGAAAGAAUCUACGGCACCGAUUUCAUUCAUGUCGCCCUUCAAGGCUCCCAUCCCGAAUGGAUCCGUAUCGAAGCGGAAGCCAGGAAAUGCCUCAUUGAACCUGUUCUUCCGGAAGUACUACGCUACCGCGGCUCUUCGGUUGAAGCACUUGUGCGCUCAUUUGAACCUAUCGUCGAGAGCGAUGGUAGAAAUAUGGACCAUCUUCGAGCACUCGGUGGUCAACAGUUCCAAGGAGCUGAUCCGCGAUCGCCACCUGGACCAGAUGGUCAUGUGCUCGAUCUAUCUGUACGCCCGGAUCAAAAGAGACACGAGAACGUUUGCCGACGUUAUGAAGGCCUACCGGACCUUGCCGCAGUCGUACAGCCACGUGUACCGCAGCGUCUUCAUUUCGCGCAAAUCGGUGGAUCAGCAACAAUCGCAACAAAAUGGGACCAAUAGCAAUACGGAGGGUGGGGCAGAGUCGCGUCGAGUCCAGCCGGGAGAUAUAGCCGGUGUUUCGGUGCAGCACGGUGACGAAGAGCGAGGCGACAUCAUCCGGUUCUACAACACGGUCUACAUUACGGAAAUGCAGUCCGUGGCCACUCAGUUUGGCAACGAAGAAGGGCGUUCGUUAAUGUUGUCUCCGCUGCCUAAAACUACCAAUCGGUGUCUGCUUCAAUCACCGAAAAAGGUCGAUAAUCGUAUUUCCUUGUACCUCACUCCCAUGGACAAGAGCAACGAGUUGAAGGAGUCGCCCAACGCCAUUACGAUCCAGUUCUGCCAUAGUCCUGCAAAGUUCCAGGAUCUGCAGAAAAUCAACCAGAUCGUCAAGAACGCUCCCCAGAACUCGUGCAAGCGCAGUCUCAGUGAUCCGGAUUCCUACGAACAGCCGACGAUGAAGCAGGCGCCGCGCAAGUGCAGAAAACUGGACCGGCUGGUAUCGGACCGCCAGCAACAGGAAAGCAAUGUUAACCCCAAAUAGGUUUUAUUUCUAGCUCUGAAUUGUAUGUAAGGCACGAUCACGAUAUCAUUUGUUUAUUCUUAUAUUGCACCAAUAACAAUAUCUAUUGUUUUAUCACUACUAUGUUUCAUAAGCACUGGGGCCUUCCUAAGCCUAGUGGUUAGAGUCCACGGCUGAAGGUGUCUGGGUUCGAUUCCCGUCGGUCCAGGAUCUUUUCGUAAUGGAAAUUUCCUUGACUUCCCUGGGCAUAGAGUAUCAUUGUAUCUGCCACAUGAUAUGCGGAAAUGGCAACUUUGGCAAAGAUAGCUCUCAGUUAAUAUUAACUGUGGAAGUCCUCAUAAGAACACUAAGCUGAGAAGCAGGCUCUGUCCCAGUGGGUCCCAGUGUCCAAUAAGAAGAAGCACAUAAAUAAUUAUAUCAAUUGAUAAGUUACAAAUUUCUAAUAAAAUCCACAGAAUCGCAAAUCUAUACUGUUGCUUGCUGAGACUAGCACAGAGUCGCAUUCGAUAUCCGGAAACCAAUCUUGGGGACACAACGAAUAUUACAAGGCUAAUUGAUCUCAAAGUCGGGUCGUUUAUUGUGUAGUAACUUUUUUUUAGCUAUAUUUAUUUAUUUAAACUCCAAGGGAGAUCGAAUUUGUUGGUUAGGUAAUUUUUAUUUGAUUGUAUUAUCGCGAAAAGAUUCGUUUGAAACACCCGCCCGCGGCAUGGUGACUCGUGCCGGAGGUUGAGAUUCCGUCUUCUACACGCAGUUUGAAAUAUUUCUUCCAAGCGGACCCUCAAACUUUUCCCACCUUCAAACACCGAUGAGGAAACAAAUUUACUGUCGAGAUUGCAGAAAAAAAAACUACGAAGCAGCUUGAAACAGCCAUCUCAACAAAGUUCAAAAUUAUACUUCUAUAGAAUCGCCCAUUGGUGGUCCGGAUUGGAUGCGUCUCCAGUGCAUAAGAUUGCUUGAUCGUGACUGGCUUACUUAUUUCGUUUAUCUUAGAUCUACAAUUACCUAACUAACUAUGUUAUCAACGUUAAUAUAUAAUCAGGUUAUAACCCUAUUUUACAAUAUUACUAAAUAAACAUUUAUGUACCAA